CGGAAGUUUUCAGUUUCAUCGUUAAGAGAAAGUGAGAGAAAGCAGCGGGAGAACAGUGCCUCACACUAAGCUGCUUCACAAACACUGAAGAAUGAUUUUCCAUCAGCGGUGAUUCCAGGUGUUCACAUUUUACAUGAAUUAUUGAAGGUGGUAACUAUGACGAGUCCAGAGGACUUUGCUGAGUUCAAGUCACUCACUGAAGUGAAGAAACAUCUAUCAUCCAAGCCAAGGGGCCGACUGAAAACAGCAAACACACAGGAUGUAGUGGAGCUGAUGGAGAAGACGCACGGGGGAGAGUGUGUGGAGGAGACCAGAAAGGCUUUAAUGAAGAUGAACAGGACUGAUCUGGUGCAGAGAUUAUCAGACAAACAGUUUCCUCCACUGAGCCAGAGAGUAGAAACGAUGGAGUCUCUUAUUAAGCUGCUUUUGGAAACACUGGCUGAUCUGAGUGACAGCGAGGUCAAAGACUUCAUCAAGAUCCUGAGAAGAAAACGUGGCUCAAUGAUCCCAACGAGUCUGUUGUUCAUGUCCGACCCGCAGGACGUGCAGGACGUGGUGUUUUUGGUGGUGAGAACUUUUGGCCAACAGUCAGUGAAGAAGAUCGUGGAGGUUUUGAAGAAGAUGAGGAAGACUGAUCUGGCUCAGAGGCUGACAGACAGCAGCUCAGAAGCUCAAAAGAAACAUCUGGAUGAACAUCUGUCUGCACUGAUCCAUAAAGUUGCAACAAUGGCAGCUGUUACAGAUCUGCUUCUAGAAACACUGGAGGAUUUGAGUGAUCAGGAUCUCAAGGAGUUCAAGUUGUUCCUGCAGUUCACUCGUUUUCAGAAGAGUCUUCCACAAAUCAAACUGAGUGAUGACAGAAGAGGAAUAGUCAAUGAUAUGAUUAAUAAAUGUGGUCAUCAGUCUGUGGAGGUGAUCAGGAGGUUUUAA